CCCCGCCGCGGCGGCAGCAUGGCCUCGGAGUCGGUGAAAGUGGUGGUUCGCUGUCGGCCCAUGAACCAGCGGGAGAAGGAGCUGAACUGCCAGUCCGUGGUGACAGUGGACUGCGCCCGCGGCCAGUGCUUCAUCCAGAACCCGGGCGCUGCGGACCAGCCGCCCAAGCAGUUCACCUUCGACGGCGCCUACUACCUGGAGCACUACACCGAGCAGAUCUACAACGAGAUCGCCUACCCCCUGGUGGAGGGUGUCACUGAGGGCUACAAUGGCACUAUCUUUGCCUACGGCCAGACAGGCAGUGGGAAGUCCUUUACCAUGCAAGGCCUGCCAGACCCUUCCACGCAGAGAGGCAUCAUCCCCAGAGCGUUUGAACAUAUUUUUGAAAGUGUCCAGUGUGCUGAGAACACCAAAUUUUUGGUCCGGGCUUCCUAUCUAGAGAUCUAUAAUGAGGAUAUCCGAGACCUGCUGGGAGCUGACACCAAGCAAAAGCUGGAGCUGAAGGAGCACCCAGAGAAGGGCGUGUACGUGAAGGGGCUGUCCAUGCAUACGGUCCACAGCGUGGCCCAGUGCGAGCGCAUCAUGGAGAUGGGCUGGAAGAAUCGCUCGGUGGGCUACACCCUAAUGAACAAGGACUCCUCACGCUCCCACUCCAUCUUCACCAUCAGCAUCGAGAUCUAUGCCGUGGAUGAACGAGGCAAAGACCACUUGAGGGCAGGGAAGUUGAACCUAGUCGACCUGGCAGGCAGCGAGAGACAGUCGAAAACAGGGGCCACAGGGGAGCGGCUCAAGGAAGCCACAAAAAUCAACCUUUCACUAUCGGCUCUGGGCAACGUCAUCUCGGCCCUGGUGGACGGCCGCUGCAAACACAUCCCCUACCGGGACUCGAAACUGACCCGGCUACUGCAGGACUCCUUGGGGGGCAACACUAAGACCCUUAUGGUGGCCUGCCUGUCCCCUGCCGACAAUAACUACGACGAGACCCUCAGUACCCUGCGGUAUGCCAACCGAGCCAAGAACAUCAAGAAUAAGCCUCGCAUCAACGAGGACCCCAAGGACGCCCUCCUGAGGGAGUACCAGGAGGAAAUCAAGAAACUGAAAGCCAUCUUGGCUCAAACGGUCAACUCCAACAACUUGACAGCCUUGCUGUUGAAUCAGCCAUUUGGUAAAGCCGAGCAAACCGAGGAGAAGCCGCCACCCCCACCGCCUCCUCAGCCAGAUACCGAAGCAGAGAAGCAAUUGAUCCGGGAGGAGUAUGAGGAACGGCUGGCCCGGCUAAAGGCUGAUUAUGAAGCAGAGCAGGUGUCAAGAGCCAAGCUGGAAGAGGACAUCACAGCCAUGCGUAAUUCUUAUGAUGUGAAGCUGUCCACCCUGGAAGAGAACCUCAGGAAGGAGGCUGAGGCUGCCCUGAAGGCCGAGGCCCUGUCCAAAGCGGAGGCACUGGCCAAAGCUGAGGAACUGCUCAAGGCUGAGACCCUGGCCAAGACCGAAGCCCUCCUCAAGUGUGAAGACCUCCUGAAAGCUGAAGAACAACUGGAGGCUUCCCUGUUGGAGGUGCCAUCAUUGGAGGUCCCGCUGUUGGAGGUCCCCUCAUUAGAAAUAUCCGACAAGCUUGAGGUGCCCUUCCAGCCUGAGGCCUCCUUCCUACCUGAGGCCCCCUUCCUGUCUGAAGUCCCCCCCAAAGCAGACGCCUUUGUGUCUGAAGAGCCGUUUCCAUCAGACAUCCCCGCUGAGCCGGAGGCCCCGUUGCCACCAUCUGAAAUGGCCACAUCUGACGCUGCCUUCAGGCCUGACGAGUUGUCCACGGAUGAGCUCCCGCCCAGGCCUGAAGUCUUCUUCAGGGAUGAAGACGUCUUUGAGCAGGCCCUGGAGCCCCCCCUGCAGCCCCCCCUGGAGCCCCUUAUGCUCGACAUGACAUCUCCAGAGGCUGAGCAGAUCACCGGGCAGCUAGCCAUUUCGAUGAGGCUGGAGGUGAAGCUGUCCAAGAUCUCUUCUGCAGCUGCCAACAAACUGGAGGAGUCAGAAAUUCCACUGGAGUAUUCCAUGACAGACCUGCUACCGCCAAGUGACAUCAAGCCUGAAGUCGAGCCUGCCUUUGAGACGGCUCCCAAAAGCGAGGCUGAGCAGCCACCACAGGUAGCCCAGCAUGUGGUCCCCAAAAAAGAGAGCAUUGGAGUGGAGGUGGCGCUGGUGACAGAUGAAAUCCCUGCGACGGUGAACCAGGAGCAGGUGCUGGCCAGGUUGCAUAUGCUGGAGCAGCAGGUGGUGGGAGGAGAGCAAGCAAAGAACAAGGACCUGAAGGAGAAAUUGAAGCGGCGCAAGCGGUACGCAGAUGAGCGGAAGAAGCAGCUGGUGGCCGCCCUGCAGAACUCUGAUGAGGACAGUGGCGACUGGGUGCUCCUGAAUGUCUAUGAUUCCAUUCAGGAGGAAGUGAGAGCCAAGAGCAAACUCCUGGAGAAGAUGCAGAGAAAGCUGCGGGCUGCAGAGGUGGAGAUCAAAGAUCUACAGUCAGAAUUUGAGCUGGAGAAGAUUGAUUACUUGGCGACUAUCCGCAGGCAAGAGCGAGACUUCAUGCUUUUCCAGCAGCUUCUUGAACAGAUGCAGCCGCUGAUUCGCCGGGACUGUAACUAUAGCAACCUUGAUAAAAUCAAACGGGAAUCAUCCUGGGAUGAAGAAAAUGGCUUCUGGAAGGUGCCAGAGCCUGUCAUUGUGAAAACCAGUCUCCCUGUAGCAGUUUCAACAUUACCACAGAAUAAGCCUCAAAGAAAAGCCUGUUCAGUGAGAAUGGAGAAACCAUCGCAGGAAGAAGAUCGCUAUAAGCUAAUGCUGAACAGGAGUGACAGUGAAAAUAUUGCCAGCAACUAUUUCCGAUCUAAACGGGCCAGCCAGAUCCUCAGCACGGAUCCCAUGAAGAGCCUGGCUUACCAUAACUCGCCGCCCGGGCUCAACUCCUCCCUGAACAACGCCUCCUCCAUCCUGACACCCAUCUCGCCCACCCAGGCCACGGACAUGCCCCAGCCUCGGCCCUUCCGUCUCGAGUCCCUGGACAUCCCCUUUGCCAAGGCCAAGCGCAAGAAAAGCAAAAGUAACUUUGGCAACGAGCCCCUCUGAGCACCGCCCCCGCCCC